AGUAAGCGAUUGAAAAUGGAAGAAUGUAUGCGAAAUGGAAUUUCUGAAUAUUCGAAUGCCAGAUGUUUGUGCCAGAUCAGUACCUUUCUGAAUGAAUCGACGGCAAACGAUUCUACGUUUGAUUUUGAAUUCGAAGGGUUUAUCAUUUCAUUUCUCGAUCCUCUCCUUUUCGAUUUCUCUCUCCUAACUUUUCCCGGAAAAUUUACCCUCAUUUUCUCGAGAAAGUGAUCUGAGGAUCUUUUCUUUUGUUUGUUUUUGGAAUUGCUUCGAUUCAUAUUUUCUUAGGGUUUUUGCUAUUCUUCCUUUUUGCCAAGAAUGGCGGAUUCGUUGAAGGUCAAAGUCAAAAAGUCCGGGCAAUAAAUUAGAAAACCGUAACCGAAAAGUGCCUGAUUUAGUCAGCCAAGAAGAGCCCUCCGAGAGGGAGGUUCCUUUUUUUAGUUUCUUAAAUUGUUUCCAAACCAAGGGGUUCUGUUGUUGGAGAGUGAUCCAUCUGUUUCUUUGGCUCAAAGAAACAGAAAAAGAAAAAAGAAAAAAAGAAAAUAGAAAAGAGAAGGAAGGACCCUGAGGAGGAGGAGGGCCAAUUAAGCUUCAGGAAUUCUCUCUUUCCAGAUCUACCCGUUUCAACGUUCUGACAGUUCUUUUCCUUCUGUCAGAACACCCGAAUUUCUUUUAAUCGAUUCCCUUUUUUAGUUCAUCAUAUAAUAUGUUCAUCCAUCUGUAAUUGAGCAGUUCUGCAGAAAAGGGCCUGCAAGAUCUAUCGGAAAUCAGUGAUCAAGUUUUCCUACGUAUAGCCAUCAAGAAACUCAAUGUUUUCUGAUUGAAACAUUAAUGGUGUCUGCUCUGAUCAAUGGCUUUCUGAUAUCUGAAACUUGUUAUUUCGAUUCCUAUAUUUGUGAACGAAAUCAAGCGAACUUUUGAUUUUAAUACUAUCCUUCUGCUCGGUUCGAAGAAUGGUUUUUGGUGCUGGAUCAUUUGGGUGAGAAUAUGUAAGGGAUGGUAUCAGAAACUUUGAUGAAGAUUGUAUCACCUUGCUGGAAACCUUCUGUUGAAGGUGAAAAUUCCAGCAGAGGUGGGGAUGCGAGUGGUCGGGUUGAUGGAUUGUUAUGGUACAAGGAUUCUGGCCGCCAUAUUAAUGGGGAAUUCUCAAUGGCGGUUAUUCAGGCAAAUAAUUUGUUGGAAGAUCGUAGCCAACUCGAGUCAGGGCCACUGAGCUCAUUUGAAUCAGGUCCCAUUGGGACGUUCGUUGGAAUCUAUGAUGGCCAUGGAGGACCUGAAGCUGCAGAAUUCAUAAGUGAUCGUCUGUUCAAUAAUAUGAAGACUUUUCAUGGUGCAGAAUUUAUUCCAGAAAAUCGGGGAGUAUCUGCUGAAAUUAUAAACAAAGCAUUCUUGGAGACAGAGGAGGAAUUUUUGUCUCUUGUAAAGAAACAAUGGCUUAGUAAGCCUCAAAUUGCUUCGGUUGGUUCAUGCUGUUUGGUAGGCAUAAUAUGUUGUGGAUUACUGUAUAUUGCAAAUGCUGGAGAUUCUAGAGUGGUGUUGGGAAGAUUUGAAAAAACUCAUAAAGAGGUUAAAGCCAUCCAAUUGUCAUCUGAGCACAAUGCUAGUAUUGAAUCUGUGCGAGAGGAGUUGCACUCGUUGCAUCCCGGUGAUCCGCAGAUCGUUGUGCUAAAGCACAAGGUGUGGCGCGUGAAGGGUGUUAUACAGGUCUCAAGAUCCCUUGGUGAUGCUUAUCUGAAGAAAACAGAGUUCAACCGAGAGCCUCUCUUGCCCAAGUUCAGAUUACCAGAACCAUUCCACAAGCCAAUUCUUAAAGCCGAGCCUGCUAUUGUAGUGCAGAAACUGUAUCCGGAGGAUCAGUUCCUUAUCUUUGCUUCAGAUGGUCUUUGGGAGUAUAUAAGCAAUCAGGAAGCUGUCGACAUCGUCCAUAGUUGUCCACGUAACGGGGUUGCAAGGAAACUGGUUAAAGCGGCCCUUCAUGGAGCUGCAAAGAAAAGAGAAAUGAGAUACACAGACUUGAAGAAGAUCGACCGCGGGGUAAGAAGGCAUUUUCACGACGACAUAACUGUUGUAGUAUUGUUCCUGGAUUCGCAUUUGAUUAGUCGAAGUCCGAGCUACGGACCGAUGCUUUCAAUCAGAGGAGGUUCUGGUAUCCUGGCUAGAUCGUAGUUUGUUGAAGCGUUAUUAGCAUCAUCAUCAUCAUGAUAUGAAUGAGCAGCAGCAGGUGUCAUCUCAUGUGCUUUUACAUACAUCCAUUCCAUUCCAUUCCAUUCCCCCCAUUUUUUUCUCAUUUGUAUUGCAAAAGUUGUUAUUUUUUUUUUUUAAUUUUUUUUUAAUUUUUUUGUUUUGUGUUCAGAAGAGGAAAAAUUGGAAACCACCAUGACCCCUUUUCUCUAUUACCCAUUCCCCUUCCCCUUCCCCUCUUUAUUUUUUCUUCUUUUUUACUUUUGUGUUUUCCUUUUUCAUGUAUAGCAGCAAGCACCACCACUGUUUUCCCUCUUAAGAAAUUCUCCUUAUUCA